CACACUGAAGAAAAUUAAAUACAAUUCAAUAUCACAAGCGGAGGGACGAGAAAGAGAGAACAAGAGAGAAAAUAAGAGAAAGAAACAUUUGUGUUGAACUUUUCAUUUGGUAGCACAGCUCUUCUUCACCAUCUAAGCCAUGGUCAGCGCAGGAGUCUCCAGCAUGAGUUGUAUUUGUGUGCUGUGCUUGUGGUGCUUGUUGCUCUUCCCCUGCGUGGGUCUGGCGAGUCCCAUCCUGCCCCCUGAAGACCACCCUCAGGCCAAAGACAUGCUGGACCCUUCCCUGCUGGAGCAGAACGAGGACGACGACGUGGACAUGCAGGCGUUCCUGGGGAGCUUUCUGUCCAUGCUGAACCUCACGGAUCGAGAGUCGCCCUGGGCCCCCUACUCGGGGCCCCCUCCACGGCCCCCUGCCGCCCGCGUGGAGCCCCCAGAGUACAUGAUGGAGCUGUACAACCGCUAUGCCAACGACCACUCGGCCAGGCCCGCGGCUAACACUGUGCGCAGUUUCAAGAAUGAAGACUCCUCCCCUUCUUCAGUGACGUCCAAUGGUGUGAAGAAGAGCACUUUGAUGUUUAACGUUUCCAUCCCAUCCAACGAGAAAGUCAUUAACGCCGAACUGAGGCUCUACGCACUUGUGUCACAGAACCACCACCAACAACACCAGCACCACAAGAUGACCAUAUUUGAGAUUCAGGAGUGGGUGGCCCAGCCACAGUGGAAGACAGCGGAAGGGGCCUCUGCCAAGGGAAGACACGAGAAGCCUCCAGCAAAGAGGGAGGAACUGGCCUCCAACCUUAUCAGCAUUGAAGAGAGCCGAUGGGAGGUGUUUGAGCUGACGGAUGUCAUUCAGCGCUGGAGAGAAUCCGAGCACUCGACUCACUAUUUGGAGGUGCACAUCGAAAGCUUACAAGGUCAGGAGAAUCGCUUCCAGGGUGAUGAUGAGUCAGUGGACUCAGGCAUGAUUGAGUUGGACGUUGACUCCGACGUAACUGGAAAACACAACCCCGUGUUGAUCGUCUUCUCCGAUGACCAGAGCAAGGAUCAGAAAGAGGAGGAGAAACAGGAGGUGGACGAGAUGAUUGAGCACGAGUUUGAACUGCUGAGCGGGAACGAGCUGUGGGAAGCAGCAGGCAGAGAGAGUAUGGAGGAGGAUGACGACGACGACAUGCCGGACGCAGAGACUCUGAUGCAGAUCAGCUCCAACAUGAUCUAUGAUGGGUCGUCUCGAGUGCGCCGCAGCGCAGCCGACGAUUACUGCAAGAAGACUCCGCUCUAUGUGGAGUUCAAGGAGAUUGGCUGGGACAGCUGGAUUGUGGCCCCAGAUGGUUAUCAGGCCAACGCCUGCCGAGGCCUAUGCAGGUUUCCUCUGGGCCCCGAUGUGUCGCCCACCCAGCACGCCACCAUCCAGACCCUGGUGAGCAUGAAGUUCCCCAAGAGAGCGUCGGCGGCCUGCUGCGUUCCCACAAAACUGGACCCAAUCUCCCUACUGUACAAAGACCAGAAAGGUGUGGUCACCCUGAAGCAUCGAUACGAGAAUAUGGUGGUGGCGGAGUGUGGCUGCAGAUAGUCUGGAAACGGAAGCCUGGUGUUAGCCUUUUUCACCGUGACGCCAAACAAGUGCUAUUUUGAAGCAAAGCUACUACUGGUUGCAGGUAGAAAACCGUGGCAUGUAUGUAAGUAAAUGUCCAUGCCACUGGAUGCAAAUCAAAGUGAUACUGUUACAUGUUUGGAAAUAAGCUGAUAUUAAAUUAUUGAGUUUUAGCUUUCUCCUGUACUUCCUGCCGUUCU